CCGGGCCUGUGUCAUAUGGGACUGCGUGGGGUUGUUGAGCUGCAGCAGCAGAGAAACUUGCUCAAUAAGUCAAGUGCUGACUGAAUAACAAAGAGAGGCUCCCAAUAUUAUUCAUAAUAAAAGCUUGAAUACAGAAAGGAUAUCAGUCUCAAGCUAACAGUCAGUGAAGAUGGACGUCAGCGUCUCCGUGUCGUUCUUUCAAGACGAGCUCGCCUCUACCAUCGAGCACGCAGUGAAAGCGGCUGUAGACACCGUCUUGUGCCAAAUCACAAAAGUUGUCGGCGGCAAAUUCACUGAAUUCCGAAUGGAAAUGGCUGGAAAGGAGAAAGAGAAUGAAAGUCUGAAGCUGAGAUUGGAAAUAUCAGAGAGCGAGUUGAAAGCAGUGCGGGAAUGCAUGAACGCUGCAGAUGCAGACAUUAAACAACCUCUCAGAAACAUGAACCCCGACUGCAAUGAACAAGACUUUCAGAGGAACGAGAACCAGGGAAUAUUUCAAGAUACCAAAGAGAGCCAUGCUGUCCCUAAAUCUGAAGCACAGGAGGGGCCAAGGAUAGAAGCAGUUUACAAACAAGAGGAGUCCUUUGACCAGGAGUGGUGUGCAAGUCUAAAGCAGGUUACAGAGCUGACAUCUGUUAAAGAUGAAGAGGUCCCUCGACUGGAAUGUGUUCCUAUUAAAGUGGAAUUCUUAGAACUGGAAUGUGUUCCCAUCGCAGUGGAAGUUCCUGCUGAAAAUAGUGUCUAUACACUUGAGGAGAAUAACAAGCUGGGAUCCAGCCUGUGUGAUGAUUGUCCACCUAAAUGUGAACUGGGAUUUAGAGCUCCUGAAGGGAAUGACACAGGAGGGACUCCAUUUCCCUGUGCUGAUUGUGGAAAGAAUUUCAGUCGUUUAUUACAGCUUAAAAUCCACCAGCGUAUUCACACAGGAGAGAAACGCUACCACUGUAAUGAAUGUGAGAAGAGGUUCUCUCGAUUGGAACAUCUUAAAAAUCACCACCGAAUUCACACAGGAGAGAAACCACACCACUGUAAUGAUUGUGGGAAGAGCUUUACUGAAUUAGGAAGUCUUAAAAAACACCAACGAAUUCACACAGGAGAGAAACCUUACCAAUGUAAUGAAUGUGGGAGGAGUUUCACUCGAACAUGGAGCCUUAAAACACACCAACGAAUUCACAGAGCAGUGAAACCCUGAAUGUAGGGAAAGAUUUAAUCUGGUGGGACACUUUAAAAACAUAAAGUUAUCGCAAGACACAAACCCUGUCACUGAAGAGAUUAAUGUGAUUAAAAAAACUAUUUAGAAUUAAAAAUCCUUUCUUAACAAACAUCUUUUAUAUAAAAACAUUUAUAAUAAAUAUUCCUUCACAAACGCACCUCAGAAGUGUUUAUUUCACAGGCUGCGUUUACACUUUGAAACAGACAAAAGGAUACCAUUCCGGUCAGAGACAUCAGAGUUUCAAAUUAACUUUUAACUCGUUCCAAAGAGGGAGACAUUAUUUUACAGUCUUGCUGGUAAGAGAGAGAUACACGUGGGAGAUGUUGCUUUCAAAAGAUUCCACUGACUGAGAUGGCAAACAUGAAUUAAGCAAUACACAUCUACUGAUGGGGACACAUGGGUCCUUGCAAGACUUAAUUGCCUUUGUUUCAAUCUAGGGGCAGAUCACAGAAUUAAAAAAUGUGGCCUAUAUUAAACAAAUACCAAUAAUAAUACAAUGUUUAUAUGAUUAGCUAAGUCGCGUGUCCUCCCAUCUGUUGGUAAUAAAAGCUGUGCAUCUUCCACAGAGAAGGGUGAAUUUUAAAGUUCUAUACAGGUCGCUGAAAGUUUACCAUUUAGUGUCUGCAUUACCACAGUAUCUAAUGCCUUUACUUGGAAACUCUGCUUUUGAUUAAAACCAGAAGGAAACGACUGUUGCAGCGCUACAAAGGCAGGUCUGUGACUUGGCUUCUUCACGUCUAAACCCCUAGAGCAAGGUGUAAACGCUGGGCUUCUCUUUGCAUCCCUCCAGGCUGGACCGCGGAGCAACGACCAUCGCAGGAUUGGUAUUCUUCUUACUCCUUCAUAGGACUGCUUUAUUUCUUCAAAAGAGACUUUUGCACAUCCCUCCAAGUCAUAAAGGAAGGUAACUAUGUGAUGUAUUGAUUUUCCAGUGCAUAGCUUAGAAUUGUAUUGUUGUUUAAAUGCUUGUAAUGAUAUUUGUUGUCUAUAUACAGUAUGUGUAGGUGAUGCUUGAUGUAGGUAUUGAAAAAACAGUAUAUGAAUUGGAGAGCUCUACUUAAUUUCAGAGGCAGAAUAUCUACAAAAAACAAGUUUCUAAUGUAAUUAUAUUCAAUAAAUGUAAUUUAUUGUAUUAUUAUGACUGCGGUCGCACAGACGUAGUUAAGGUUUGAACGAAGUUCCUGUUUAAAGUUGAUUUUACAACCAGCUCAAAAGGGGGAUUAAACUCCACCGAUAUGCAUGAAAAUGUUUACGUGUGGUCGGAUUGGCAGGCUGAACAAACCCUGUGAACGGGGUGGCACUUGGUUGAAUACUUUAUGAGAUAGAGUGGCGUUAAAAAAACAGCUGUUUUUCUUUUUUCUUUAGAAAUGAUUGAGAUAUCAUUUUGUAUCUCAAAAAGUAUAACACAUUAAGUAACCGUGCUCGGCAUGCACAUAGUCCAACGAGGUAUUCAUAUUUUUGGGUGGGUCCUAGUUUUACAGAAAUUGAAUCCCAAAGAUAAGUCUGACAUCACUACUACCUGACGUUGUUGUGCUUUUUAAAUAAUAAAAUGUGAAAAUUGAAAGUGACCCUGUGUAUAGUGUUACUUAAUGUACAAUUAAGAUGAAAUUAUACUGGUGGGGAAGCAUGUAGCUAGUACAGCAAUUGCAAGCAACGACACUGUUACAGUACAGAUCUCAUUCAGAGGUAUGUACUGACGUCCACAUUUAGCAAAGUUUAACAGUAACACAAUGCUGGUUGACAACAAGACAUGAAGGAUAACAUGCUCCUGUUUACAGUUUUUAAAUGAAUAUUCCAAAAUGAAAAUAAUUUUGUAAAGACAUUAAUGCAUUUUAUAUGUUUAUUCCUACCAAAAAUGACCUAUCUGGAAUGUCACUUGUACUGCAUUAGAAAAUAAACAUACUGCUCCAUAUCACCAGAUUUAUAUAACACCAUUUUAAAAUUCAAACACAGAAUUAAUUACCCCCCAUAUUGUUUAUUAGUUUAUUAAAAUUCUAGACACUGUUCAUAUUAUUUGUAUAUUAAUAUCAGUAUUAUAUUUGUUGUAUUAUAGCAUAUUCUUUGGAUCACCAGAUUUAUAUAGCACCAUUUUAAAAUUCAAACACAGAAUUAAUUAUCCCCCUGUGGCAGAGCAGGGCUCUGCCCUUGUAAAUAUUGGCAGGGAUGGGGUUAAAUUCUCCUCCCUGCCCAGGUUUAUUGUGUCAGGUGGGAAUCAUUAACAGUCAAUCAGCACCCAGCCACCUGACAUAAAAGCUCA